GGCAGGGAGCUGGACAGCAGGCCCACGAGGAACGGUGUGGGAGUGCACACGAUGUCCAGCAUGGCCGACGGCAGCACAGGGAUGUAAGUGUGCUGCCACACAAAGGGGUAGAGCAGCGCCACGACAGCAUGGCAGCACUGGGAGAGAGUACUGCAAGAAAAGACACAGGGAAAUGAGUGGAGGACCAUCAGAUGAUGUUGUGGCAGAGAGAGCUACAGAAAUGCCUGUCAUUCCCCUCCUGUCCUGCGGGGGGCAGCAGUGCGCCUCUCGGCUCUGCUUGGCAGCGACGUCCGUGACACCAGAGUGCACAGUAAACACAAGCCGUCGCCACAACGAGAGCAAGCUGGCAAACAACUACAUGAGCAGAAAGUGAUGUGCUUGUACCAUCUGCCAUAGCGGGACUCUAUAGCUGAACCCCCUCCCUGUCCUGUUGCUGUUCCUCCUGAAGACCUCCACCACUUCCUCCUUUCCUGUCCUCCACCUCCACUUCUUCCUCCCCCUAGCCGCCCCUGUGAUGCCUCCCUCGUGCUGUGGCUGCCUGUCACAGUACACUCAUCACCAUCUGGUUGCCUUCCUCCUCACCUUCUUUAGCUAUGUGCUGCUGCAUGCUUCCAGGAAGACGUUCAGCAAUGUGAAAGUCAGCAUUUCCGCCCAGUGGACGCCAACGUUUACAAAUGGCAGCCAAGCAGCCUUUUCUCCCGGCGAGACAUGGGAGGGCAAUCAUCUGUUUGCAGAUAAAGAGCAGGCCACUCUGUUCCUGGGAGCUCUGGACACCAUCUUCCUGUUCUCGUACGCAGUGGGUCUGUAUUUCAGCGGUGUGAUUGGGGACCGAGUGAACCUGCGCUACGUGCUCUGCGUCGGCCUGUGUGGCUCUGCUGCAGUGGAGUUUCUGUUUGGCACUCUCACCGAAUGGCUCAAAAUCUACAACGUCUAUCUGUACUGCGGGCUGUGGGUGCUGAACGGCCUGCUGCAGUCCGCUGUGUGGCCCUGCGUCGUGGCCGUCAUGGGGAACUGGUUCGGCAAGACGGGGCGUGGCUUUGUGUUCGGCCUGUGGAGCGCCUGUGCCUCCGUAGGAAACAUACUGGGGGCUUUCCUGGCUUCUAGCGUACUCAAGUAUGGAUACGAGUACGCCUUCUUGGUGACCUCGGUGGUGCAGUUUGCCGGUGGGGUGGUGGUGUUCUUCGGCCUGCUGACCUCCCCGAAAGAAGUCGGGUUGUGCUUGGAGUCAGAGACUGGACUGAGUCCGGUGGAGACGGACACGGACAGCCACAGGCCUUUGAUGAGCGACGAGGAGGAUGACGCCGAGGUGGAGGUGUACGACAAACAUUACCACUCAAUUCAAGAGCCGGAGGAGGAUCCUCUGGCGGAGGCCCCUCAACCCGUUACCUUCUGCCAGGCCUUCUGUCUGCCUGGAGUGCUACCGUAUUCCCUGGCUUAUGCGUGUCUGAAGCUGGUCAACUACUCCUUCUUCUUCUGGCUGCCUUUCUACCUGACCAACAACUUUGGCUGGAAGGAGGCCGAUUCCGACCGCCUGUCUGUGUGGUACGAUGUCGGAGGAAUCCUCGGAGGGACCAUUCAGGGUUUGAUUUCUGACUUAAUGGGAAAGAGAUCCCCGGUGUUGGCCGUCAGUCUGGCACUAGCGAUUGGAGCCCUGGUGGGGUACAGCCACUCGCCUAGUGACCAGGUGAUAAACGCCGUGCUGUUGACAGCAACGGGCUUCUUCAUUGGCGGUCCGUCUAAUAUGAUCAGCUCGGCCAUAUCUGCUGACCUGGGGAGACAGGACGCUCUGAGGGGGAGUCAGAAGGCUUUGGCUACAGUCACCGGCAUAGUGGACGGAACAGGAAGUAUAGGAGCCGCUGCGGGACAGUACCUGGUGUCGCUGAUAGAGAGCAAGCUGGGCUGGAUACAAGUCUUCUACUUCUUCAUCGCCAUGACGGCGGGCAGCAUUGUGUUCAUUACUCCCUUGCUCCACAAAGAAGUGCGUGAGAUGUGGAGGGAAAGACAAGCGCUGCGUCGCCAGCUGUGAACGCGCCACCAGCCAUCAUGUUGCUACUCUUAUCAAGCUCAGCUCACAAACUGCCCUUGUUAGGUGAGUUUUUGGAGGUGGAAAAACAUCCGGGAUGUUGUUCCACACAGCCAGGAUGGUUAACACCCUUGGGCGCAGGCACAGAGCACAACACCGCAGUCUCAUCCUGUCACUAAAAGCCUAAAAAUGUAAAUGCUAAAUUAUUUUAGUGUGAAAACAAAGAUACACAGUUUUAAAGUGCCAGAUUUUAAAAAUGUACUUUUAAAAGGGACGAUGCUGUCCAAUCUGAGCCGUCACACACAGGAUUUAAAUGGAUGUAAAAAUAAAAUAGGCAUUUUAGAUAUGAAGUUCUUAAGAUCAAGCCCUCUGAGACUAUCUGGGGGCUUCAGUUGCCUAAAGAAUGUGAAUAAUAAUUGUAAUGUAUAAAUUGAUUGUCAGCUUUUGUAGAUAUGUAUGAUAUUUUUUGGUCCGGAUGAAUAAUAUUGCACUGUAGUCCAGUAAUAAGUCUUAGAGAUUUUAGCGAACCUCUCAGAUCUUAGCAGGGUUUUGGGAAGCUUUCCACGCGCAGCCACUUGAUUUGUCUUUUGUACAGUUUUGUGUAAUCAGGUUACUGUUUAAGGGGACUGGUUCUCUCAUUUCUCUUUGUGAUAUGUCAGUCAGUGAUUGAUAUAUGCUUAUUCCUUUUUUAAGUUUCAUGGUCUUAAGUCACACGCAGUUGUUGUAAAAACACACACUUUCACAAACACCUUUUUAAAGGACAGAAACACAGUUCUGUAGAAAAAUCCACCAAGCUUAUUUCACACACUAUUGCACAUUGAAGUGUAAACUGCUUACUGACAUUUUAGAAAAAACACAGCUGCACAUUUGCACGUUUGUUUGGGGAGAUGAUCAUAAAACACCAGCUGUAUGCAGGUUAAUGUUUUAGCAUUGUGAAAAAACUGCUUUCAUUUAAACAAGAUCAUUUUGGUUGAAAUCUGUCAAAAAGAUACUUUCAUCUGUGAUUUUGCAGACCACUAUAGCCAACAGAAAAAACAAGUAGUUUGCUCCCCUGCUUAUUACCACUUGAAGUGCUUUUAGAAUCUGGAAACUUUCACAUCAGGGCUUCUUUGUGUCGUCAUCGCUGAUGUGAGACGGGUUCCUUACGUUAAACCUAGAGCACCGGAGCUAAAAAUGAGAGUUGAUUGUGUAAAAGAAUGUCAAUUGAAACCCAUGUGGAAUGUGUAACAUGAUCUGUCUUUGUUUUAUCUUUAUUUAUGUGUACUUUUCAACUUUUAACUCAUGUAAAUGCAAAUUUUCAUUUUAAAUAAAUGCAAAUUACAUUUUGUAAA